UGCCCUCCCCUCUCUUCCCCUCGGCCUUCGCCGGGGAGCCGGGGGCUCUCCGAGACGCAGCGGGUUUGUGCGUUCGCACACGGUCUCCUCCUCUCCCUUCGUUGUCCCUCUCCUCCUCCCCUUCGUCUUCUUCUUCUUCCUCCUCCUCCUCGCCCUCCCCCUCCCCUCCCCUCCGGGUCCCUCCGGUCUCCUCCCCGGCUUGGCGGCGGCCUCCACCUCGGCCUCCCGGCUCCGGGGUCCCGGCAGGAGGGGAGGCCCCCCGGGGCCGCCUCCCGGAGGGACCCGUUGGCCCGGGUCGGGAAGGGAAGGAGGGGAGGGUGGGAAGGAAGGAAGGAAGAAAGGGCAGGGACAGCGGCUGCUCCAUCGCCAGGGCCGCGAGGACCGGACCGGACUGGACCAGAGGAGGAGGAGGAGGAGAGGGUCCAGCCUCGCAGCUGACCGGUGGCGAAACAAGGGACCCGCAGCCUCGCCAGGCCUGGGCGAUCCGGCCCGCAUCCCCGCUCCGCAGCCUCCCUGAACUCCGCAGAGGCAGCCUCGGGGACCCGGAGACCCCCGGGCGGGGAGGGGUGCGGGCUACGACAUGGGCGGCGGGACCCCCGCAGUCCCUAAGCCAGGGCGGCCCCUCCCCUGGCCCCCCAGACGCAAGUGUUGGUGAGGCUGGGGGCCGCUGGCCUGGUCCGCCCUUGUGACAGAGGAGGAGGAGGAGACCUGGGACACACAACAUUGGAUUCGGCCCUGCCCUCUCCAGCCCCUGACCCCCCCAACCCAUCCACCCACCCAGGACCGGCCUUGCCCGCCACCAAGACAGUGAGCCAGGAGCCAGCCUCCCCAACUGGCAUAGGAAGGGGCCAGGCACUCGCCUCUCCAGUGCCCACCAGGUGCCACCUCCGCCUCAGGCAGGGUGGCAGUUCACUGGGCCCCUGGCCGGACAGGGGCACCUCUCGUCCCCGCCGGACUCUUGAUCCCGCGCCCCGGCCGGCCACCACCAUGUCUCGCCCAGGCCCAGGGGCGUUGGUGUCGGGGAGCGGUCUGGGCUUCCCACCCCAGAACCUGGCCCGCGUGGUGGUGUGGGAGUGGUUGAACGAGCACAGCCGCUGGCGACCCUACACCGCAGCCGUGUGCCACCACAUCGAGGCCAUGGUCAAGGAGGAUGCCCGGGGCUCGGUGGUCCUGGGCCAGGUGGAUGGCCAGCUGGCCCCUUACAUCAUCGACCUGCAGUCUAUGCACCAGUUCCGGCAGGACACGGGGACCAUGCGACCUGUGCGGCGAAACUUCUUCGACCCGUCCUCGGCCCCGGGGAAGGGCAUCGUGUGGGAGUGGGAGAACGACGGCGGCGGCUGGGUGCCCUACGACAUGGACAUCUGCAUCACCAUCCAGAACGCCUUCGAGAAGCAGCACCCGUGGCUGGACCUGUCGACCCUGGGCUUCUGCUACCUGAUCUACUUCGGCAGCAUGUCGCAGGUGAACCGGCAGACUCAGCGCAAGCGCCGGCUCCGGCGCCGCAUGGACCUGGCCUACCCGCUGACCGUCGGCUCCAUCCCCAAAUCCCAGUCGUGGCCCGUGGGCAGCAGCUCGGGCCAGCCGUGCUCAUGCCAGCAGUGCCUGCUGGUCAGCAGCACCCGUGCGGCCUCCAACGCCAUCCUGGCCUCACAGCGGCGGAAGCUGUUCCCAGCUGGGCCGGGGGCCGGGGGCGCAGCGGGGGUGACCCCCGGGGCCGGGAAUGUGGCCCUAAGGCAGAGCGACACGUUCAGCGCAGCGCCGACGGCCCCGACGCCGUGGGCUGGGGGGCCGGGCAAGACGGACCAGGACCGGACCCCUGGGGGGCCACCGGAGACCACAUUCUCGCGGAGCCAGAGCGCUCCUGGAGGCCCCGACCUCUCCGGACCCAACGACCUCAACCGAUCACGGCCACCGCGCAGUACCGUCGUCAGCGCCAAGACCUCCUCCAUCCCGCCGGGAGUCCCCGCGCUUCCUGUCAAGAACCUGAACGGCACAGGCCCCGUCCACCCGGCCCUGGCAGGAAUGACGGGCAUCCUGAUGUGUGCGGCGGGGCUGCCCGUCUGCCUAACCCGGGCACCCAAACCCAUUCUCCACCCGCCACCCGUCCACAAGAGUGACAUCAAGCCGGUGCCAGGUGUCAGCGGAGUCUGCCGCAAGACCAAAAAGAAACAUCUCAAGAAGAGUAAGAACCCCGAGGACGUUGUCCGCAGGUACAUCCAGAAGGUGAAGAACCCGCCAGACGAGGACUGUACCAUCUGCAUGGAGCGGCUGGUGACGGCCUCGGGUUACGAGAGUGUCCUCCGACACCGGGGCGUGAGGCCGGAGCUGGUGGGCAAGCUGGGCAAGUGUGGGCACAUGUACCACUUCCUAUGCCUGGUGGCCAUGUACAACAACGGCAACAAGGAUGGCAGCCUGCAGUGCCCCACCUGCAAAGCCAUCUAUGGGGAGAAGACGGGCACGCAGCCCCCUGGGAAGAUGGAGUUCCACUUGAUCCCCCAUGCACUUCCAGGGUUUGCCGACUCCCAGACCAUUCGCAUUGUCUAUGACAUUCCCACGGGGAUCCAGGGCCCGGAGCAUCCCAACCCUGGCAGGAAGUUCACAGCGCGGGGCUUCCCACGGCACUGCUAUCUGCCCGACAACGAGGAGGGCCGCAAGGUGCUGCGGCUGCUGAUCAUGGCCUGGGAUCGGCGUCUCAUCUUCACCAUCGGGACGUCCAACACGACGGGCGAAUCGGACACAGUGGUGUGGAACGAGAUCCACCACAAAACCGAGUUCGGCUCCAACCUCACAGGCCACGGCUACCCCGACCCUAACUAUCUGGACAAUGUCCUGGCCGAGCUGACCGCCCAGGGGGUCUCAGAGAUGCCUUUGAAGGACUGAGAGCGGCCCCCUGACCCAAUCAUCCCUCAGUCACCCUCUCCUGCAAUCCGGUGGUCCUCGGGCCUCCCCAUCCCUUCCUGUCCACCCCAGGCUGUUCUGAAUUCAGUUCUUCUCUCCCACCCGUGCUUUGUGGUGGGCUAGGGCAGGGCUGGCAGGAAGGGGUGGGAGAAUCCAGCAGACACACCGGCCUGUUGGACAAAUCACACACACACACACACACACACACACACACACAC